GCCCCGCAGCACUUCUUCCCGCCUCCCCACCGCGCAUGCGCGCUGCGCGCCCCCUCCUCCCGGCGGCCCUCGGCGGAGCGCAGUACUGGGACCGAUAAACAAGCGCUGGAUCUACCUGUGUCACAGAACCCCUCAUUUGAGCACUUACUCACUGCGGUUGUUACAGAGCCCUUUUGUUUCUUGUAUCAUGGAUGCAUCUUUCUGCUUGUGGCAGCGGAGGCAGGAGGACAAUCCUCUCCCAGGAAGGAUGCCUUGUUUACUGCAGCAUUAAUAAACAUUCUAAGCACGUUUCAUCUCACUGUAACCUGCCUGGCUGACUGCAGCCAACAGCACUGUGACUGCACAGGAUGUGGAGCUGUCAGCAACGCUGAGACUGAGGCCGUACGAUCACCUGGAGUCACUUCCUGCUCCUUCUGAUGCAUGAGGAGUUGUAAAUGUAUUCAGUGGCACGGAUACCUCAAAAAUAUUCCAGAAGAACAGUAGUUCUGUGCCCACCCACAUGACUUGCACCUUUAUUUUAAAAGCUUUGUUUUGUUUCUUCAGUCAGUCGACUUCCUCCGGUGCCAGAGCCCAGAAGCAGAAAUCACUGAAUUAGAGCAAGGAUCAUUUCUUACUAGAAUGCACAAUAGGAAGAUGAAAAGAACUUAGCUACAUUUCAGGACUGACUCCUCAUGGGCUGGACUUUGUCUUGGUGGGAAUAUUUGACAGUUCACGCUGCAAAAGACGAAACAACCAAUGGCUUCAGAAUCCAUGGUCCCAGAGCAGGCAAAACAACAUCCAGUGAAGGGAAAAAGGCGGCCACAGCAGCAGCAAACUCGAUCUUCCAGCGGUGAUGGUGAAGAUGAUAUCUUUGUAUUUGAAGCAAACGAGGCUUGGAAAGAUUUCCACAGCUCUCUUCUUCACUUCUUUGAGGCUGGAGAGCUCUGCGAUGUUACACUGAAGGUUGGUACAAAGCUCAUCUCCUGCCACAAACUGGUGCUGGCGUGUGUUAUACCUUACUUCAGAGCCAUGUUUCUUUCAGAAAUGGCUGAAGCCAAGCAGACGUUGAUUGAGAUCAGGGACUUUGAUGGCGAUGCGAUAGAAGACCUCGUGAAGUUUGUCUACUCCUCCCGGCUGACGCUGACAGUGGAUAAUGUCCAGCCACUCCUGUAUGCUGCUUGCAUUCUUCAGGUGGAACUGGUAGCAAAGGCGUGCUGCGAAUACAUGAAGCUGCACUUCCAUCCCUCCAACUGCCUGGCAGUCAGGUCAUUUGCAGAGAGCCACAACCGCAUUGACCUGAUGGACAUGGCCGACCAGUACGCUUGUGAACAUUUCACAGAGGUGGUGGAAUGUGAAGACUUUGUGAGCGUCUCACCUCAGCACCUCCAUAAACUGUUGUCCUCCAGCGACCUGAACAUUGAAAACGAAAAGCAGGUUUACAGUGCUGCUAUCAAGUGGCUGCUAGCCAAUCCGCAGCAUCAUGCCACGUGGCUGGAUGAAAUUCUCGCACAGGUACGACUGCCUCUCUUGCCCAUUUGUUUCCUUAUGGGUGUUGUGGCAAAGGAAGAGAUUGUCAAGCAGAAUCUAAAAUGUAGGGAUUUGCUGGAUGAAGCAAGAAACUACCACCUUCACCUGAGCAGCAGGGCAGUGCCAGACUUUGAAUACUCCAUUCGCACAACACCAAGGAAGCAGACUGCUGGUGUGCUGUUCUGUGUCGGUGGCAGAGGAGGAUCAGGUGACCCAUUUCGCAGCAUUGAGUGUUACUCUAUAAAUAAGAACAGCUGGUUCUUCGGCCCUGAAAUGAACAGCAGGAGAAGACACGUGGGUGUAAUCUCUGUGGGAGGUAGAGUUUAUGCAGUGGGUGGACAUGAUGGAAAUGAACAUUUAGGAAGCAUGGAAGUGUUUGAUCCUCUCACAAACAAAUGGAUGAUUAAAGCAUCAAUGAACACAAAGAGGAGAGGAAUUGCUCUUGCUUCCCUCGGGGGCCCCAUUUACGCAAUAGGAGGUCUGGAUGACAACACGUGCUUCAGUGAUGUGGAAAGAUACGACGUCGAGUCCGAUCGGUGGAGUGCGAUAGCCCCCAUGAACACGCCCCGGGGGGGAGUUGGCUCCGUAGCCCUCAUGAACCACGUCUACGCUGUGGGUGGCAACGAUGGCAUAGCGUCUCUUUCCAGCGUGGAGAAAUACGAUCCCCAUUUGGACAAGUGGAUGGAAGUGAAAGAGAUGGGCCAGCGAAGAGCUGGCAACGGCGUCAGUGAGCUCCAUGGCUGCCUGUAUGUUGUCGGUGGCUUUGAUGACAACUCUCCACUGAGCUCCGUGGAACGCUUUGACCCACGCAGUGACAAAUGGGAGUACGUCGCAGAGCUCACAACCCCAAGGGGGGGAGUUGGCAUCGCAACACUGAUGGGCAGAAUUUUUGCAGUUGGAGGUCACAACGGCAACGCAUAUCUGAAUACUGUGGAAGCAUUUGAUCCCAUAGUUAACAGGUGGGAACUCGUUGGCUCUGUGUCGCACUGCAGAGCUGGGGCAGGCGUUGCUGUGUGCGCCUGCCUCAGCAGCCAGAUCCGUGAUGUGGGCCAAGGAUCCAGCAAUGUAGUUGACUGCAUGUGAACUCAGCUGCCUCCUUCAAAUUCCGUGGGAACAAUCAUACAGAAGCACUGAAGAGCUUUUAAAUAUGGUGGUUUGUGUGGUAGGUUAAGAAACACAGUAUGGUUUCCUUGUGAAAAUGUUACCUUCUGUGACUUUUAAGCUUUUGGUGGCUUUCUGACAAUAGCAGUAUAGAAGAACCUGUGAAAAUGUGGGACAGCGGUGUGACUUACAGGAGGUUUUACUUACCUGCUGAGAGCUGUAAUUAAAGAGCCAUUUGAGGCAGCUGUUGCAGGGACUCAAUGAACUGCAAACCAGGUGUGGACAGGUGAGGAGUGAGCAGUGGGCAGCAUCACUGAGCCUCACCUGACAGCCCUGCUGUGUGUUUCCUGAAGGACUGGAGUGCCAUUUAUUAACAUAACUAACUUAUUAUCAGGAAUGCAAUCUUAAAACAUUUCCUAAUCAUAAAAGAGCUUUGAAACAGAGCUUUUCAGGUUCUCCCUGGGCUAACUGGAUACAGAUGUGAACUGCCCACCUGCUGUGGGACUGCUGGCUGUGGAGGAGAUGGCAGCACUCAACCUGGACCUGCCUCUCGAGUGCUCCCUCAGCCCCACGCACUUGUUAGAAAGCUGAAAAGACUCUCAAAGCCUGAGCAUAGUGACUGGAAUACUGACAUUCUUUUAUCCUUAAUAAAAUCUGUAGUAAUGACUCUCUAAAAGGUUCCGUUUGUGGAGAAAUCAAUACCACAGUAACAGCUGAAGGCUUCAGUGGUCUCUGAAUCCCUUUUGUCACAGGAAAGGGACACACACAAAAGAACUUGCAGUGUUCUGUUGAGAGCUUUAAGUGCAAGUCUAGCUGCUAAGCCCAGCUUCAGGAUCCAGUAACAAAUGUGGGGUAACAGUUGAGGUCCCAGGUCCUUAGGAUUAUUCAGCCAAAAAAAAUCUCAAAACAGGUACUGCAGUUGAAGCUUUCAAUCAGCAGCAGGAAGAAUGGAAAAAAAAGCAAUACUUAGAUCAAGGACUAAAACAGGAACUGAACACUGCUCUGUGCAAAGGCGACACAGUCACAGACCUUGACUGCAAGGUCACAUCUGGCUGGAAAGACCUCAGCAUCCUGUUCUUGCCCAAGCACGCACAGAGCAGGGACUGAUAGUUGUCUGUGACCACAACCCCAGGUUUCUGCCUUGUUCAGGUGAUAGGAGAGCAGCAAAUGUCUAUGCCUUCAGUGACAGGAACUGGGUGGGUUUUAAGGUUCCUUCCAACCCAAGCCAUGCUGUGGUUUUGUGAUUCUAUGAAAUGAAGCCUUGUAUUUUCAUUUAGGUUGAAUUGACUUGUAAAACAAAUCUCUGUGUCGCUGCAGCACCAUGUGCUGCAAACCCAAGUACUUUAUUCCAGAUGCUCCACUAUGUUUUGCUGGCUGCUUCUGCCACAUCUGUAUUUGUUUUCUAAACCUUUGCAUGGUUUCUUGACUGGAGCUGGCAGAAAGUACAGCAUUCCUAGCCAGGAGAUUAAACUAACAUUUGUAAUUCUUUCCUGGCUCUGUCAUCAAGCUCGAUGCUGCUGUCACCUCACAGCGUUUUUGGAUGCAGUUCCUUGGCUUGCAAUUUGAAAGCUGUUUUGGCACCAAAAUCAAGUCCACAGGCUGCUGCAAAACUGCAGCCAUCUGAUUGCAGUCAGAUGCAGACAAACAGCAUCCACGUAGACAGGCACCUGCUGGUCUGAACCUCAAAUCUCUGAUAGCUACCCCCACCCAAUGGGUGCUCCUUCUGACACGUCUGCGCUGUGCAGGCUUCAGAGAGGCAAGCCAACGUGCCCUCCAUCAGAGCCCAUCAGAGGGGAAAAAGAGGCAAUUACAAAGGAAAAAAGAGAUGUGAUGUGGGCAGGAAUCUAUGCUGCUUAAAUGCUCACAGCUGAGGCUACACAGCUGUGCAGCAGCCCUCAGUCCCAACCCAGUUCUGUGAUCUCAAGCCCGUAGGGCCAGCCUGCUGCAGUCAGCUGUCUGUUAGCAGGUUAACUAACAUUAAUUAAUUAACCUUUGUUAAAAUUCUUGCUGAACAAAGGUCAAAGCUGAGGGCGUAUGGCCCAGUAAAACAUGCCCACCUCUCACCAAGAGGGAUGUGAUCUGGAAACGUGCGUCGAUGUUUGCAGAAGCAAUGCUUAGGGAUGCAGGCCAUCAGGACGUUGGAUCUCGGAGUCGACGUUCAGUCCAGCAAGAUGGGGUGUUCCAUGCUGUUAUUCCUCCCAAAGGCCACAGCGAGGCAGAGGCAGCAGCCACAGCCACACAUGGGUGCCCCUAGGGAAGUGCUCAGGGGAGCAGAGCUGAGGCUGUGGUCACUCAGCUCUGGAUUGCAAGAAAUGCAAGAACAAGAAAUUCCACCCCCCCCCCCCCCCCCCAGCAGCUUGUUUGCCAAUUUGCCAUUAGAGAUUGCACCACCAUCUCAUUCACUGGAAGAAUUUAAAAACAAGCAAGUCAAAAUUCGUUUGUUUUAAUUAUAUAUAAACUCUUGUCUUUAUAUAUCCAGAAACACGCACACACAGCAGUUCAUCCCCCAGCACAGAAGACAGACAAAAAGAUCUGUGACACAAUUUUUCUGGAGGGAACUUUACCUUGUUUUCCUUUCCCCAAGCUGUGUCACAGAUCCCCUGUGCCCUUCUCUCGGCCCGGCUCCUGGCAGGCAGUGCUCAGCAACAUUCAGACCUUACCUUAAGGACAUUCUCCACUGAGAAUUGUGGUGUUUCACAUGCACUUUAAAAUGUUGAGCAAAAUAGGGUUAAAAAAAAAAAUAAUUGAAUCACAGCGGUGACAUUUGAAAUCCUCUCUCCA